UAUAUUUCGCGCAAAACCCCACCCCAGAUAUCUCUAUUUAAAGACACACCUUUCGCAGUUGAUCUUCCAUUCUCGAUCGUCUACUACUCGUGUGAUCAUAUUCAUUCACCAUGGCAAACGUUCCGGCUGUGCAACUUCUCCAGGCCGCGAAGUUUGUGCUCAGCAUCGCCGCCGGAGGAUUUCUUCUCGUUUGCCAGCGGCCCAUGGACUUCCCCAUUUUUGUUGCCGCCAUGUACCUCCUGGUGAUCGCAGCCAUCCAGCUGCUCUACUUCUCGCUGGGCCGUCCACAGCUGGGAUCGACAGUCGCCACCACCGCCGAUGGCUUCCGGGUUUCAGCUGACCGACUGCUCAACACUGCCAAGUUCGUGCUAUGCUUCGCUACCGGAGGAAUUCUUCUCGUUUGCCAGCGGCCCACGGACUUCCGCAGCUUUGUCGCCGCCAUGUACCUCCUGAUGACCCUAGGCUUCCUGCUGCUCUACCUUUCCCUGGCUCGUCCUCAUCUGGGAUCCACAACGGCGACGACCGCCGCCGAUGAUUCCUGGUUGUGACGGUGACCCGAGUUCGACUUGCCAUAAACUGGGCGAUUCGUGGGAAAGGUGGAGGAUCCAAAGUCAUACCGUGUUGUUCUUUAUCGUCGUAUUUAUUUGUUUCUUUUCUGUUGCUAUCUUCUUCGUGUGAAGAUUAUUAUCAUUUGCCAUUGUUUUGACAGUUGAUAGAAAAAUAUUAUUAUCAUUUUUCUAUCGCUCUUUGUUGCGCCUAUGA